AUGAUCCAAGUCUUCCAUAAAAUUGACUGCAUAAGACAUAUCUUAUACGAUCAGCUCUCACUCGAAGCCAUGGUCAAUAUUCCAGGCUCUUCUAAAAGUUGUAAAGAGUGCAAGGCACGGCGAGUCAAGGGACUAUCGGAUAGGAAGUUGUUGAAUAACGCAAUCCAAAGCCCGAAUAACAAGCUCUCGACCCAAUCCAAAAACUCUGCAGAGGGCUUUUAUACAAACGAUAGAUCUAACAAAAAUACAACUCGUCAUCCAAUAACCGCCUCUCUCGGCUGUUCUAUGGACCUAUAUCGCUCUGUUAUAGCGGACUUAUGGACUGCAACUAUCGGCAAUUGGUUAGCCAACGGCGAGGAUGGAGAAGGAUACCGUUUCCAUCUUGAUGGAGCUCUUGAGCUAAUAAAACAUUCUGGAUCAGAAGCUUUAGAGUCUUCCGUAGUGAGGGCAGCAUACGUGGAUCUUCAAACCACUGCUCUAGGCCAAUCUCUAAAGUUUCGGAAGGAAACGUUUCUUGUUUCCGGCCAUUGGCUCGCCCUUACUAGAAGAUUGUCCACUCAAGAUUAUCGACAAUCUUUGUUAGACAUCAUCGCUUAUAUACCUGGUCUCCUUGAGCAGGGUGAACAGAUGAAGCUCCUCGCAUCCUCGUUGAGCAAGAAUACUGAAUAUCAGGAUCUUCCGGAUUACUUGAGCUUCCCCAACGUCAAAAAGCGCCAGAUUCUGGAUUAUUUCCAAGACUGUGAUUCCCUCAUUCACAAGCUUCAUCUUUGGCUGAAGUCAGUGGAGAAUGCGGAAGGAGGCCGCCUCUGGUGGCAUUCAGUCACAACACUUGGAGACGAAUAUCUUCAACAACGGAACUUGACAAGUGGAAGACAUCAUCUGCCUAGGAUACAUUUCUCAAACAAUCGGAUACCAGGUAUAAUAGUAUACUAUUGGUCUGGAUUGCUUGAGCUUUCAGCUACAGUCCUCGACAUCCGUCAACUAUUUGUUCACAAUACGCUCUAUGCGGCCUUAUUAGACCUACUAGAUGCCGAUUCUCCUUGUUUAUCGAUGGACCUCGAUACUCCAAAUCAUUGCCGAAGCCAUCUGGAAGACGAUAUUGCCUGCUCAAAGGAUUAUGAAACGGCUUGCAUGGGGUCGAUUCAAGACUCUUUUUUCGCAUAUAAAGACAAUUUCCAAUUCCAAGGAACACAUAAUCGGUCACAAGAUCUCGCCUGGAAGAAUUUCUGGAACUGCUUCUGGAACGGCCAGUAA